UAUAUGUACUUCAUAUUGUAACAAAGACUAUGUACCACUCACUCUGUUCCAAAGCAGAGGACAAACAUCAAGAAAAACUUUGUUUGUUUCCAAUCACAAAAUCAAAAAGCAAAAAGUAGCUGUUUGUUUCAAUCAUGAAGCAAAAAAUAGUUAUAAAGUUGCAUAUGGACUGUGAGAAAUGCAGAAACAAAGCACUUAAAACAGCUGCUGAAGUCAAAGGUGUGGUUUCAGUGGCAUUGGAAGGAGAUGAUAAAGAUCGUGUGUGUGUGACUGGUGAUAAUAUCGACACAGUUUGCUUAGCCAACAUGCUAAAGAAAAAAUUCAAUGAUGUAACAAUUCUUAGUGUGGAAGAGGUGAAAAAUAAAACAGCUGAAGAAAAGAAAAAGGAAGAAGAUAAGAAAAAAGAAGAAGAAAAGAAAAAAAUGAUGGAAGCAUGUCAUGAUGUUUUGUAUCAUUCUUGCAACACAUGCAAGAGUUCAAAUUGUCAUGGUAAGUGUGAUAAAUGCACAAAAUGUGAAAUUUCAAAGUGUGACGGAAAACAUAGUGUCACUAUAUGUUGCACUAAAUGUGAAAAUAAAAAAUGUGGUGGUGAGUGUAAGCCUUGUUCAAAUUGCAACAAUCACAAGUGCAAUGGUUGCAAACCUAAGUCUCCUUCACCAUGCUUCCAACAAUGUCCUCAAUGGUGCACAUGUUACAAGUGUUAUGUUCCAUAUCAACCUUGUUAUGACCCUUAUCCACCUAGUUGCACGGUUGUCUAUGAUAAUCCAAAUACUUGCUCUAUCAUGUGAUAUCAUAUCCAUGACUAAGGACUAUGCCUUAAAUAAAAUUUUCAAGCAUGGUUUUAUUAUAAGAUAUAUUGGUAUAUAUAUAUACUAUUAGAAAAAUUGAAAUAACGACGAAAAUUAGAGAUGAAAAAUAAAUAAAAUUGGUCGUCGAAUUGAUUGUCUUUAACACUUUGAGACAACAUUAAAGAUAAUUUUUUUUAUCUCUAAAUUUUCGUCACUAUUUCAAUUUGUUUUAUUAGUAUAUUUACAAUAAUCUUAUACAAAAAUAAAAAUAAAUUAGUGACGUAAAUUUUAAGAAAGAAAAAUGUGAAAUUCAUCUUCAAUUUUGUCAUUAUAUUUAGUGACUAAAGAAUUAGUGACGAAUUUCAAUUUUUCUAUCUUUAAUUUUGAUCACUAGUUUUAUUUUUUAAAUUGGCAUCAUCUACAAAAUUAAGAUUGGAAUGUUAUUUGGUUUGUUCAUGUUGAUUUAAAUUGUAAAUUUCUGAAGGUGCUUUGUUGUUUGGAUUUUGUUUGAGUGAGAUUAAAUUGUAUAUCUUUCAUAUACUCUCUCAUAUCAUCAAUAAAAAUAAAAUUAGUUUUUAUUUA